UUCCAUGUUUGCUGCCUUUUAACAUCUCUUUACAUCUUAAUUCCAGAUAAACCGCCACCAUGAUCACCGAUAUCCAACUGGCCGUGUUCUCGAACAUUCUGGGAGUCUCAAUUUUCUUAUUGGUUAUCCUUUACCACUACAUCAAUGCUAACAGCUCCAAAUAGAUGUAGGCGUGGCAGCCCCUUCCAACAUAAUUUACUAAUAAUGUAAGCCUCUAUAAUGUUAAUACAUACGAAUUAUUUGUAAAGUA